UGUUACAAGUACAACCAAGAUAUUGUUGAUCUAGAGCACCUGGCCUGGACACUCCGGCCAUCUCAUGUUUUCUUGUUUGAGAAAACUCCCAUCAGUAAACUUGCUUAUGAAAGCUGUUAAUCUGUUUUGUACGUUAGUCCUAGUGCUGUUGUAGGCUUCUCAGAUUGCAUAAAUUACAGUAACAAACUUUCUCCAUCUAUCAGGGCCUAUCAAUGUGUCAACUAUUAUCUCUUUCUCAGUUAGAGCUGCAAUGUGUUAAUGAAUGAUAACCUGUCUGUAAUGAUUUGAAGACAAAGGGAGAUUUCCUGGUUAUUAACCACAUGGAACGUAACUGUAUCACACCAUCUAUCCUCUGAGUGGAACAUGCAUAGCUGGUGGCCAGGAAUAGAAAUUAGGUACAGCGUCACUGUCUCCGUCCUUCCUCAGUAACUUGAGCCUGCAUUCAAUAAGACAGUGAGCUAGCUCUGGCCUGCUGCAUCUAGAGACCAGUAGUAGUUCAAACAUGAGCAUGACAUUGAAGUCAGUCAGUUGAAGGAUGAAAUGAUGGAUUUAAGUUUGUAGCAGGUGGAUUGUUAAGACGAUGGAAGGUUUUCAGGGUUGGUUAGGGUUGUUGGUGUACCUAUGCAAAGAUGUAGCAUCUACUUUACUUGUUGUAUCCUGCCUUGGAGCGGUAAUCCUCAAGAUCUUGGACCCUUUACUCAGUCAUCUUGAAAACCUCUGGCAUCUAUUACAGCAUUUCCAGGAGUCACCACAGCCCUAUGAUGAGAGGAACAUGCCAUCCAUUGAAGAUGUUCUUACAGAGCUAUACUAUCCGUUUGAAGACAUAGCACCAUACAUGACAGCACAGGUCUGUGACAUCAUCAAUCGAAGGUUCAAAGGUGAUGGGUCAAGGUUUAUGUUGGACUUCCUCCUACCAUGCAGAGAGCUCUUGUUACAUCUCAAGGAAGAAAGCUGGCUCCAACUGAAGCACAAACCAAGGGAGCCAAGCUGGCCUAUAACCAAUUCUGAUCAGAUCCUAGUCCAUCUAUCCCAGCUGGACUGGGACCAGUUCCAUGUUGGUGACUUCUACAUCUACGUGCGCUACCAUGGUCCCAAGAAAGUGACUCUGGUCCUGGUUGCCUGCCCUGAGACGGAGGGUACCCUCACAGAGGUACCCAUCCCGGUGGAGAUGUUCAGAGAAUUCUUCUCCUACCAUACUCCACAGAGGUUGCUUAGAGGGGAUCUCAAGUCUAAAGAAACAGACGAUGCUACAGGAUUGAAGACUGUUGUCGUUGCCACGGAUGCAGGUAUCAUGAGGCAUCUUUGGCCGGAUGUUUUGAAGCCGCAGUUUGAGCUGAGAAGACGACCAUCAUGGAGGAAGAAGAAAAGGAAAGGAAACGGCAGCAUGACAUCUGGAGCAACAUCAGAUGCAGGUAGAGACCAGGAGACCAAGAUGCCUACCAGGAUGCCAUCCUUCUCACGUAGCAGCAGCGAGUCAGAGAAGAAACCUCCUCCCCAUCCUCCAUUCCACGCCCCUCAGAGUACUCUGGAAGUCAACUUUGAAGUCCUCCAUUCUGAAGCCCUCAUCCUCACAGGCUCAAGAGACCAAGGUUGUAGAGCAGUCCUGGAGAUACAAGCCAACAGUCAUGUCUGGUCUAAUCCUGAUGUUAGUCUAGAUGAUAUUGUCAAACUCCUUGCCUAUGUCUACUCAAUACCAAGGGAGGAAGUGCGUUGGAGAGGUCUGAGUGUAGCAGUGGAUGCCAGAACAGCUCCCAAAUCAGAUGUAGAGAAAGUCACAGAAGCGCUGCAGCUCCUUCAUGAGCAUCAUCCAGGCUCCAUAGACCAUGUGUAUCUCCUGAUUGGUCACAACUCAGUCCUAGCCAGAGUGACGAGGGCAACAAACAAUCAACUCCUCAAGACCAAACUGGAUUACAAGAUGGACUUGGUACGGUCUGUUGAUAAGCUCUACCAACACAUCCCCAAGGAGCAGCUCACCAGUACUUUCAGUGGGACCUUCAAGUACACACAUGAGGACUGGAUCAGAUUCCGGAUGAGGCUAGAGCCAUUCAUAUGUGGAUGUAAGAGUGCUGCUAAGUUUCUGCUGACAUCGGUAGAUGAGCUUAGUCGAGGGUCUACCAAGGCACCAUCUGGAGAGCUGAGAGACACCAUCGAUAGGUUAAAGGUCAAACACGAGGAGGUGUACAAGGACUCUAGGAUGGCCAGUCUUCACAAGGAAGGAGAUUUCAUCUUGGAAACACUCAAGAAAGAAGAGGGUGCUUUAAGACAGACUGAGGACUUCAGGGAUGCUAUUACCUGUGUAACAACUCUCUUUGAGCAAGUACGCCAGACAUGCAGUCGACUUGAUGAGAUGACUGAAAGAAGACUAGCACAUCUUCAGAUGUCUUUACAUCUACAGAUCCUGGAGGAGGAGUCUACCAAGGUGAGUGAAUGGGUGAAGACCGAUGGAAGCAAGAAACUAAAGCAGCUGGACGACAUGUCACCUGACUCUCUCAGCUCAGUCAUCAGCAUCCAGAAAGACUUUGAGAAGUUCUACUUCAAUGCUGUGAAACACAUCGGUCGUGGUGAAGAUGUCUUAGAGGAGAUCCACACCCUAGCAGAUCAAACAGGUGGUGGUGAGGGGGGCGCCAGUGCACCCCUCAAGACCCCCUCACUCACGGGCAAUCUUAAGGAUGAGUUACAUGCAUUCAGUCAGAGUCUGGAGAAUAAACGCAAGGAGAUAGAGGAAGCUGUCUGGCUCUACACCACGCUGGAUAAGGCAUAUGAAUGGUCUUUAGGAGGAAUGAAGUUUGUAGCUAUGCUUGGUAUCGAGGAGACAAGUAAUCGGGAGAGAUGUCGCGUCCAUCUUUGUACUUUGGAGAAAUACCUUCGAGAGAACCCUGUUAUUAGCGACGAGGACUUCAAGAAAAUGCUUCAGCUUGCCCGAACUCUUGACAAGGGCAAGUGUGUGCAGCAGGGAGAGUUUGCCCAAAGACGAUGCAAAGAGACUCAUGGAAUGAUCCAGAAGCGAAUGGAACAACUCCGGAACAUGUUACGCAACCCACGUUUUGCUCAGCGCAAUUCUUAUACCAACGGAGACACUCAGGUUCGCAUUAGAAGGACACCCUCAGAUGUUGUUAAAAGGAAACCAUCAACAGACUCACCCGAUAAGAUCACAGAGGAAGUCCUCAAACCUGUGACAGCAUCAAAUGUUGCUCAGGAAAUCUUGCGUAAAGGACCUAAGACAACCCAAGCCAAACACCAGCGUGAUUCUAUGCACAGCAAUGGAUCGGUAGACUCAGGAAUAUCAGUGAGUGAGAAAGCAUCAGAACGAUUAGCAGCUGCAGCAGCAGCGGGUGCCACAGCAGGUGCUACGACAGGGACGCAACCAAACAGCACAACUGAAGAUAGCGUUGUGACGUUACGCCAUCCAAGAACAUGUAAAACAAUUGAACCUAUCAGGGAGCUUGAACCUAUUCCAGCAGCUAAGAAUGAGGUUAUAAGGACUACGAGUCUAGGACGGUUAGAUGAAGGGUUUGAAGAGAGGGAAGAGGAAGGUGAGAGAGGUGAAGAGACGACCAGUGGGGAUACACCUACAAGUCAAGAAACUCAGAACAAUGAUGGUGCUCCUAAAGAAACAGAAACCAGAGAGAAAGAAGACUUCUUAUCAGAUGAAGAUACAGAUCAGAACCAAUGGUCACCUCUAGAUGCUAACCGUCAUAUAAGAAGAUCCAUCUGCCUGGCAGACAAUCCUUUCAAACUAGAAGCGGAGUCUCUAGCCAAGCAACAUCCUUGUUACCGUCGGUUACUACUCAUCAUUGAUGAAGUGAUACAGACUGAACAGGACUAUGUGCUAGCUCUCAAGUAUAUCCUAGAGAAUUACGUUGUUGAGAUGGACCGAGAAGACAUCCCUCAAGCAUUGAGGGGUAAGAGAAGCAUUGUGUUUGGUAACCUAGAAAAGAUCUACCACUUCCAUUCAAGAGUGUUCCUAAGGGAGCUCAAAGGGUGCAUGACUACACCCCUACAGGUGGGACAGUGCUUCCUCAAACAUAGACAAGAGUUUGGUCUUUAUGCCCUGUACAACAUGAACAAACCAAGAUCAGACAGUUUACUAGCUGACUUCGGCCACUUCUUUAGGAGCAAACAGCGUCGCCUAAAGGACAGCAUGGACCUAGCUAGUUACCUCUUGAAGCCAGUCCAGAGACUAGGGAAGUAUGCUCUCCUCCUACGAGAUCUCAUCAGACAAUGUGGAACUGAAGACCAGGAACAAAACCAUCUCAGAGCUGCAGAAGUGAUGAUUGAGUUUCAGAUGAGACACGGUAAUGAUCUUCUAGCAAUGGAUUCUCUACAAGACUGUGAUGUCAAUUUGAGAGAACAAGGUGAACUUAUCAGACAGGCUGAGUUCUUGGUGUAUCGUGGGAUCAGGAAGUGUGUACGUCAUGUUUUCUUGUUUGAAGAUCUGAUUCUAUUCAGCAAACCUAAGAAGACGAGUAAAGGACAUGAUGUCUACCAGUACAAGUUCAGUCUCAAGAUGUCAGACAUCGGUCUGACGGAGAGCAUCGGAGAGACUGGGACAAAGCUUGAGGUUUGGUUCCGAAGACGCAAGUCAACGGACAAGGCUUACACCAUGCAGGCAAGGUCUCCUCAGAUCAAGAGGGUCUGGACGACUGAGAUCAGUAGACUACUAUGGCAUCAGGCACUCAGGAGUAAAGAAACCCGUCAGCAUGAACUCUCAUCACUUGGUUUCUCUAGUAGACAGUCAUUUGAUAUCAAGCCUAGUCAAGAUAGGAUUCAUGAUAGAGCCGUCAAUCUCAAAGCUCCCAGAUCAAGGAACUCAAUAGCCAUCUCAUCUUUCAGUACAACCAACAAGCUCUUUGAUGCAUCAGCCUUCUCUUCCAUGACCAACCUGAUGACAACUCAAACAUCCUCCUCAUCCUCCUCCUACUACUCAUCUCCAUCUCGGCGCUUCUCUCUGGCUGGUUCCUUGUCUCUAGCAGGGUACAACAUCCCUGAGAUGGGUGAGAGUGGGAUAGAGUUUCCUCCUCAGAGACCUACAGCAGCUAUCAGUCCUACAAACACCCUCCAAGGUACAGACAGUAGCGGAGACAGUAGCGCCUUCAGCGGGGACAACGUAGCCCCGGUAUCACCCGUUGCCGGGGUAACGAUGCGGCAUGGUGAUGCGAGGGGUAGGAAUCCCUUUGUGAGGAGUGUUCCAUCACCUAGGAGUUCUCAGAUUUACCAGGAGACUAUGUUUACAUCAGAAGUAAGGACGAUGAGUGUCAGUUCACUUCAUUCAGAGGCUCCUACUGUGGAAACCGUCACCAGUCAGAGGAGAUCACAGAGGAGGAGUAAUCAGUUUGUUACAGCGGUAUGAGGCCGAGAAGGAAGAAAACCUUGAACUGAAAUGCUGAUGCUAUUCUCAUAACAGCUAGCACCAGAUGUAUCCUUGGAGACAGGAAUCAUCACAUAAAUUCAGGACACCCUCUAAGUUCAACAUGGUUCCUCGCAGCAUGGACGCACUCCUGUCCCGUCAUUCCUUUCUUGGAGGUUAUCUAUCCUCCAAGGUUUUGCUGAAGAUGGAUAUUUAUUACUCUGAUAAUUCAGCAGCUUUUAAAGAUGAUUUUAAACUUGUAAUCUAAGCCCAGUAAUUUUCUCAUUAUUGAUACAAAAUAUUUAUUGAGACAUUAAUUGAGAUAUGCCAUAGAUGUUUCCUACUGGCUUCCCAAAGCCUAUAAUGCUGCUCUCCUGGCUUUCCAUAAGUCACGAUGCUGCUGUUACUCUUUUAGACAACUUUCAAAUAUUUGUAUGUUUCUCAUACCAUUAAUUAGUAGAUGAUUCUCUACACAAUAGCUUGUGCCUUCAACUCAUUAAGGCACAUUUUGUUUUUAUCAUUCCUUUCGUAAAGGAAGAAGUAUUAACCCUAUUUUCAAACACACACAUCAUCCCUCGAUUACAAGCCUUGACAGAGGAUUCCCUGACAUAUCGCUGGUACACUAUGGCAUCAUCAUGCAUGAUGAGCUUGGUGAUAUCGUCAGCGUUAGAUGGAUGAUAAUUAGGGAUCUAUGACAUGAUAAAGGCAAAGAAAUCUGUCUUCAAAAAUCUUUUUACAGAUAUUUGUAUCUUACUUCUACUUUUUAGUUGUAUCUAUCUGGACCCAUAGACGUAAAGCUACCUCUUUUGUACAUCCAUUCAGUUUUAGUGAACCAAACACAGGUAGAGAUAGAUGUUAAGAUGGUGCUAUUUUAUUGGUAGAUUGUUAAUUUGUGUAAUUUGUGUAAUCAAACGAUUGGUCUUUAUCUGAUGGUGAUGAUGUCACAAAGGAGAUAUUUUAAUAAGUAUAAAUGAAGUGUAAUCGGUAAAGGUGACAUAACAAUGGAGUUCAUUGUAACUCAUACUCUGAUCAUUAAUGAUUAGAAUUCUUUAGCAUUAUUUAUAACAUGACUUUUUGUAAUGACAUUGAGAUGUAAUGUACGUCUUCCUUCCUAUCAGUGUGCCUUGACGACUAGAACAACGCUCUCCCAAAUGCUGCAAGAAUAAUUAUGCAGUAUUUCAUGUACAUGUAUCGUAGAGCUUCAAAUUCCUUUGUCUUUUGAUAUGAUAUAUGUCAAGCAACGUAUACGAAUGUCAAGCAACAGUAUUCCAUCUGAGGUCAUUUAUGGUAAACUAUGCAGUAUAUGAAGCAAUCAGCUCUUGUUGUUGGUUAGUAUGUGAUCUAACGUAUUCAUGAGUGUUCAGUGUAGAAUCUUAUCAUGUUUGGUAGAAUGUGUAUUUAUUUCAGUAUUGUGUGUAACUCCAGAUAGACAAAGUCUUCCAUUGAAGACUAAGGGCACAUUAGAAUGAAGCUGCUCAGACCCAGUAUACAUGCAUGAAGAAUAAUGGAAUAAAGAUCAUGAUUGUACUUAAGAAUAUCAACCUUGGUUCUUCUGGAAUCAACUAAAGUUUAUAAAAUGAUUUAAUAAUCAAUCAUUCAUUCUAGAUGGCAUUAAUGACUUGGAAAUCAGAUGUGAUUUUCAUAUAUGUACUAACUAUUAUUCUCUCUUUAAGUAUGACUCUAAUCUAGGCAAAGUGAUUAGUUUUUCUCUGUGGUAUAGGGAACACAGAAUUGAUGUACACCUAACUAUGUUAAACUUUUGCUAGACAUGUAGGACAUGACUUGACUAUGUGACAGAAAUAACUUGACUAAUGUAACAUAAAAGUAAAUAUUAGACUUUAAUAUACUUCCCAAAACUAAUCACGAUUAUAAUUUUCACUGCGACUGAAAAGCUGCCAAAAUGCACACAAAUAGAUGAAAUCUAUAUGUUACUAAACAUUCUUUCCAUUCAGAAUUUCAUUUUUUUGAAUAAUUUUGACAAGUCUUCUUCAUGAAGCAUUUAUAUAACAAGAAGUGUGCUAAAGAAAGUUAUUUAUUCCAAUUUGAAUAAAUAGAAGAUAUCUAACAUAUUACAAACCUUCCUAACAAGGCAGAUGAAAGCCUUUCAACUUGUUUUUAUAGCAGUACUUAAGACUAUUUCCUGACCUAAAAUAUUCACUUCAUUCUUGAGUAAUAUGACCUCGGCUUAGUUUUAGAACCUUGUAUAUGUUUGUAUUAUUCUACAUUUGUAUGUAACCUGUACAUUACUGUCCGGUCAAUAUAACUUAUAACUUGGACAUAAGAAAUUCAGAUUAAAAUUGCUAGAAACUAGAAA